AUGGCAGGGAUACCGGGGCACGCGACCAUCAAGCGCACCUUCAGGGAGGUUGCGCCAAGUUCGAUAUUGGUCAGAUUCCGUAACCCGAGGCACCAAGACUACCUCCUGUCCGCGAGGAGUAAAUUAUUGAAGCUCACCAAGGGUAAAAUAUAUGUAGAGCCAGGCCACCUGGUCAAGGGAAACCACAGGGCUACCAGGUCAAAUGACAGAAUAGGGGAGUCCAGCACCAGUAAAUUGGAACAGGUAGGGGUUAGGAUCCAACUAUCCCGACUACCUAAUCGCUCUCAAAAGCUGGCACUGGGGAGACGAACGGUUCAUCCAAUACCUAUUGGGCUCGACCGACCCAAACGUUUCAGUGAUGCUACUGGACGUGCGGUCAAAAACCAGACCAUUUUAACAAAAAUUGAACGAGCUCUUGGGGUUAAAUUGCGAGGUAAAGACAAAGGACAGCCCCUGGGUGGACCGAAGAAGAAAUGA